UGGCCCUUAGGGCCUGGUCCCAUGAACUUUCGAAACGUGCGGACGCGGAAAGUGCGAAUCGAAAAAUAACUAGAUUCUAGUGAGAAAUAUUACCACGCAUUUUCCGCACUAAUUAUUCCUGAUGUUCCGCAUGAUUUUAUGCGGACGAUGCGGACUAUGGUCGGUGUCUACGGAUUGUGAAAAAAUCGUUUUUAUUUUCUGACAGCAACCAAAAUGAAGGCUAUUGUGCAAAUUGCAAACCUGUCUGUGAAAGUCAACCUCAUCUUUAAAAAACUCCAAGAGUUAUUUGUACGCAAUGGUAAAUAUCUACAGGUUAAAAAAGUGUGGAUACUGUGGGCUUAUUUUGGCGGAUGAUACCCUACUAUGGCACAAGUGCUUCAAAAAGUUCAAUGAAGAAACGCAUGCAGUCCAAAUUGGCGAGGAUGGUGUCGUUAUUCUGAUACACAAGUCGCAAAUUGUACAUCAGCAAGACAAAGUUUUGGAUGCCGAAAUGAACAAUUGCGAGGAUAAUGAUGCAAUCGUGUCUGAAAGUUUGCAGAGUCAGGACGAAUUGCUGAUAAGCAUUAUGUUUGGCAAAAGAGCUCUGUGGGACAGCAAUAUUCCAGCAAAGGAGAGAUCUAAGUUAAAGAAAAAUGACCAGUGGCAGGAAGUGUACAAUUUGAUGGGAGGUGUCUUAAACAUCAAAGAGCUGAAAGACAGGUAGAGAUAUUUACGGGACCGUUUUGUGAAGGCACAUCGAGCACACACCCAAUACACUCCAAGCGGAUCUGCUGCAAACUCCAAAACGAUUUCAAAAUUUGCCCACUACCU